AUGCCUUCCAGAAACAGUGUCAACAAGCCCCUGGGCAAGAUAAACAGAGCCAGUCAUGCCGGUGUGAUUUCCAAAAAAAGAACGCUCAGGGCCAACACCGUCGGCCCCACCAGAUCUUCGGCCGGAAGAUAUAAUACUGCCACUGCCCCUAGGCCCACGGAUCCCAAAGGGCUCACGGUAUACAUGGGCCCCGAAGUGUUGGGUUCUGGUGUAACCACACAGACUCUCCUGAAGAAAAAAGCGAAGAAGCUCGAGAGAAACAAGCGCUACAUUGCGCAGAGAAACGAGCGUUUGAAUGUGGACUUGGCUGCUAAGAACGAGGGCAUGGACGUCGACAUGGCGCCUGCCGAGAAGCGUGAAAAGAAGCAAAAGCCUCAGUCCAACUUGGACAAAGUGAAACAAGCUCUUUGGACCGCAGUGGAGGACCACAAUUCCGGCGCCAUGGCCUUGGAGUCUACCGGAGAGGGAACCACUCUUGGAGUGCAGGCCUUUUGA